AAUUUGAAAGUUUUCCUUUCAGAUAGAAGAGGUUGCUGGGGAAAUUAAACCCUAAAUUCCCAAAUCUGAGUCACAGUAUCAAAACAGUGUUUUCUCUCAAUAUCGCAGUUCACAAUAUCUCAGGUUGCGGGAUUUCAAUUUCUUGGCAAAUAAUAACAGGAUCAGAAAAACUGUUCUUUUGAGCUCAAAUUGAGGGAGAAAAUGGAAGAAGAAGAUGAUUAUGAGGAGUAUGUGCCCGUGGCCAAGCGUCGGGCCAUUGAAGCUCAGAAGAUUCUCCAACGCAAGGGGAAGGCCCCUUUGGCCACAGAUGAUGAUUUGGAGAAAUUGAGAGCGGCUGAAUCAAAGCCUAGUCUGCUGGUUAAAGCUUCACAGAUGAAAAGAGAACAACCCGAGAUCAGUGUGACGGAACAGAUUGUUCAGCAGGAGAAGGAGAUGAUUGAAAACUUGUCAGAUAGAAAAACCCUCAUGUCUGUACGUGAAUUGGCUAAGGGAAUCACUUAUUCUGAACCUUUGCCAACAGGGUGGAAACCACCUUUGCACGUAAGAAGGAUGUCCAAGAAGGAGUGUGAUUUGAUUCGGAAGCAGUGGCAUAUAAUAGUUGAUGGUGGUGAUAUCCCACCCCCGAUUAAGAAUUUUAAGGAUAUGAGAUUUCCUGAGCCAGUUUUGAAGAAGUUGAAAGCCAAGGGGAUUGUGCAACCAACACCUAUUCAGGUGCAAGGACUUCCUGUAAUCUUGUCAGGGCGGGAUAUGAUUGGGAUUGCAUUCACGGGCUCUGGAAAAACUCUUGUCUUUGUUCUACCGAUGAUCAUGGUGGCAAUGCAAGAGGAGAUUAUGAUGCCUAUUGUUCCUGGAGAAGGUCCUUUUGGUUUGAUUAUUUGCCCAUCAAGGGAACUGGCUAGGCAGACUUAUGAAGUCGUUGAACAAUUCUUGAUACCUUUGAAAGAAGCUGGAUAUCCGGAGCUCAGGCCUUUGCUUUGUAUUGGUGGAGUAGAUAUGAGAUCUCAGCUUGAGAUUGUGAAGAAGGGUGUUCAUAUUGUUGUUGCCACUCCUGGGAGGUUGAAAGAUAUGUUGGCCAAGAAGAAAAUGAAUCUUGACAACUGUAGGUAUUUAACAUUAGACGAGGCUGAUCGGUUGGUGGAUCUGGGAUUUGAAGAUGACAUUAGAGAAGUUUUUGAUCAUUUCAAAGCUCAAAGGCAGACUCUUCUAUUUUCUGCAACCAUGCCAACAAAAAUUCAGAACUUUGCCAGGAGCGCUUUGGUGAAACCAAUAAUUGUGAACGUGGGGCGUGCAGGGGCAGCAAAUCUUGAUGUAAUUCAGGAGGUAGAAUAUGUCAAGCAGGAGGCAAAAAUAGUUUAUCUCCUUGAGUGCCUACAGAAAACCCCACCACCAGUUCUGAUAUUUUGUGAGAAUAAGGCUGACGUUGAUGACAUCCAUGAAUAUCUUCUCUUGAAAGGAGUGGAAGCAGUGGCGAUUCACGGAGGCAAGGAUCAGGAAGAGAGAGAGUAUGCCAUUGCAGCUUUUAAGGCUGGCAAGAAAGAUGUGUUGGUGGCAACUGAUGUUGCAUCCAAAGGUUUGGAUUUUCCUGAUAUUCAGCACGUCAUUAACUAUGACAUGCCAGCUGAAAUUGAAAAUUAUGUCCAUAGGAUUGGACGAACUGGUAGAUGUGGGAAAACUGGUAUAGCAACGACAUUUAUAAACAAGAAUCAAAGUGAAACAACAUUACUUGAUUUGAAACACCUAUUGCAAGAAGCAAAACAAAGGAUUCCCCCAGUUUUGGCUGAGUUGAACGAUCCAAUGGAAGACAAUGAUGAAAUCACAGGCAUAAGUGGAGUCAAGGGAUGUGCAUAUUGUGGUGGACUUGGUCAUCGUAUCAGAGAUUGUCCCAAAUUAGAACAUCAGAAGAGCAUGGCGAUUGCAAAUAAUAGAAAGGAUUAUUUUGGAUCUGGAGGUUACAGAGGGGAAAUUUGAAAGGCGUCUGUUGGGUACCAAUUUUCUUUGAACAUUACUAGGUUAUGUAUUAUUACAUCUGCAACUCUAAAUUGUGUACCAUGGGAUGUGAUGACUUUCAUUACUUCUGAACUGAUGCAAUAGAUAUGUUCCAAUUUUUCUUUGA